AUGAAUAUUAUUUUGCUGUAUCUGGCUGUUUUUAAAUCUCCAGCUGCUCUCAAAACAUACUCAAUUGUAAUUGCAAAUUUUGCUAUCAGCGACUUUCUUGCUGCAGUUUCUUCAUUUUUCGUGGAACCAAGAAUCAUUCCGAUUGAAAAUACAAUAAUUCAAAUAAAUUAUGGAGUUUGUCACAAAACAGGAUAUAUUAAUUCGUGCUGGAUUGGAUAUAUCAUAAGUCUUCAUUUGUUUCUUCAUUCUGAACUUUCAUUGUUAUAUUCAUUUUAUUUUCGUCUAAACAUUUUAGGAAAUCGUAAAGCUCCACGUAAACCAAUAUUCAUAAUUUUAUCAUUAUUUAUUAUUUAUAUUCCAUCUUUAAUUGUCCUCAUUCUUCUUUCAUUUGGUAAUAUUAGUGAUCAAAAUGAUAUUUUUGGGCGUUUUAUGAAAAUCUUUCCGAAUGAAACUGGAAUUACGAAAGAGAUGGUAACUGAAAGUAUUGAUUCGAAUGUUGUUACAGUUGGAAUGUCUUGUCUGAAUUUUGCUCCAAUUUUUUUCUAUCCUGCAAUUCUUGUAAUCCGCAAAAAAAUCAUAAAACUUCUUGAUGAAUCAACAAAUCAUCUUCGAAAAGAAACAAAAUCUUUGCAUCGUCGUCUUUUAAAAUGUUUGACUUAUCAAGCAAUUCUUCCAAUGUUUACAGUUCUUUCUGUAUUCUUAUUUCUCAUCGAACAAUUUGGAGUGUUAUAUCAUCCACUUAUCGAAUAUUCUUCAACUUUAUGUUUGGAAAUAAUACCAGUGAUAUCCCCAAUUCUUUAUUUUUGGUAUGUUUCUCCUUAUCGACAAGCUAUUCGAAAAUUUUCCGGAAUGACAAGAGUGUCUGGAAGAUCAGAGAUCGAAAAAAGCACCGAAAAUUUGAAGGCAUUCGUAAUUGUUCGAUAA